AUGACAAUCAACACCGCGCCCGAUGAACCGAUAAUAUCCUUUGGACCAAAGGAUGCUAGGUCUCUAUUCUAUCCUCAUGACGACGCCUUGGUAUUCUCUGCCAAUGUGGCCAACGUAUUGGUACACCGCAUCUUUGUUGAUUCAGGCAGCGCCGUCAACAUCUUAUAUCUAGAGUGCUGGCAGGCAAUGGGUUUGGAAGCUAAGCUAGAGCCCGCUGUGGCCCCUCUUUAUGGGUUUUCAGGGGAAUCGGUCCUACCGGUGGGAAUAAUUGAGUUGCCAGUGACGAUAGGGCAACCGUGGAGAAAAAAGACCCGAAUGGUCAAGUUCUUGGUCAUCGACGCACCGAAACCCUCUUACAACAUGAUCUUUGGGAGACCGGCGCUGAACUCUUUCAAAGCAGUCAUCUCUACUCUUUACUUGAAGAUGAAGUUCCCCUUGGAAGGAGGCAAAAUCGGUGAAGUUUGGGGAGACCAGGCUGUUUCGAAGAAAUGCCAUGUACAAGUACUAACUCAAUACUCCGGACAAAAACGGGAAAGGUCAGUACACCAAGUAGAGGCAAGCAAGAAGGGAAAAAUUGGAGUGAUCACGGCUUCAGAGCCCGAGCGGAGAGAGAUCGCAGAGCUGCAAGGGGGAAAUGAUAAAAUACCCCUCGUCACUACCAAUGAUACGUGCAUGGUUAUUGAGCUUUUGAAGGACAAGGAGGGAUUUACUACCAAAAUCGGGGCACAUAUGGAGCCAGAAUUGCAAAGAAAGGUAAUAGCUUGCCUGCGCAGAAACGCUGACGUAUUCGCGUUCACUACGGCGGACCUGAAAGAAAUCGACAGAGAGCUAGCCGAGCAUCGUUUGAACGUGGAUCCCACGGUCAAGCCAGUCAAACAAAAGACGAGGCACUUCGGUACUGAAAAGGAUGCUGCUAUUCGAGAACAGAUACAGGCGUUGUUAGAAGCGGGACAUAUCAUAGAAGUGCAAUACCCGGACUGGGUGUCAAACGCUGUUAUGGUGGAAAAAAAGGCUAAGACUUGGAGAAUGUGUGUGGACUACCGGGACCUCAAUGCAGCCUGCCCAAAUGAUUGUUACCCAUUGCCACGGAUUGAUCAGUUAGUAGACGCAACAUCAGGAUGCGAACUUUUGUCAAUGAUGGAUGCUUACCAAGGAUACCAUCAGGUCAAGAUGUACAGAAACGAUGUUAUUAAAACAGCAUUCGCAGUCUGCGCAGGGAUCUUCGCAUAUGUGAGUAUGCCAUUUGGACUAAAAAACGCUGGGGCUACUUACCAGAGAAUGAUGGACAGAAUCUUCAAAGAUCAAUUAAAAGAGAAUGUGUCGGUCUAUGUAGAUGACAUGCUGGUACGCAGCACUGAAGCACGCACACAUGCGGAUGACUUGGAGGAAAUCUUCUCGGUGAUACGAAGACACAAGCUCAUGCUCAAUCCGGCUAAAUGUACUUUCGGGGUGCAGUCGGGAAAAUUCCUGGGAUACAAGGUUACGCCUGAGGGGAUAGAAGUGAAUGCAGACAAAGUUAGAGCUAUUAUUGAAAUGACGGCGCCGCGGAACAUCAAAGAAAUACAAACAUUGAACGGACGAAUAACCGCAUUAAGUCGGUUUAUAUCGAGGUCAGCAGAAAGAAGUCUGCCCUUCUUCAAAAUUUUGAGAAAGGAAAGUCGAUUCGAGUGGAGCAGCGAGUGCCAGCAGGCCUUCGAGGACCUCAAGGAAUAUCUCAAAGGACUACCCGUCUUGACCAAACCGAUACCGGGGGAGCCACUAUAUCUAUACACUUCGGUGGGGGUAGAAUCUUUGAGCACUGUGCUAGUGCGGGAGGACGGGGGUACGCAGAAGCCAGUUUAUUUCGUGAGCAAAAUCAUCCAAGGAGCGGAGAUCAGAUACACCGCAGUGGAGAAAACAGCUUAUGCUAUCAUGAUCACGGCAAGAAAGUUGCGCCCAUACUUUUUGUCACACAAAGUUAUCGUCAGAACAGCGCUGCCUUUUCAACAAAUCCUGGGGAGGCCAGACCUCGCAGGAAGAAUGGUAAAAUGGGCCAUUGAGCUGGGCGAAUAUGACGUGGCGUUCGAACCACGUACAACCAUUAAAGCACAGGCCCUAGCUGACUUCAUUCAAGAGACCACGAGAUGGCCGCUGCGAGGACCAUGGACGGCGCAGGUCGAUGGUUCCGUCACCAAAGAGGGGUGCGGAGUCGGAAUAUACAUUGAAUCGCCAGAGGAUGGAACCUACCAGUUUGCGAUCAAGUUUGAGGACAAGCUGUCAAAUAACGAGGCAGAAUAUGAGGCAGUGAUAAGGGCUGCCCACAUCUUGAAGGAGCUCAGAGCAGACACAACAAUAAUCAAGACCGAUUCGCAACUGGUAGCCCAGCAGUUGAGAGGCGAAUGUGAGGUUCGCGAUGACAGAAUGAAAGCUUAUUAUGAUCGGAUGCAGCAACUCAAGGAAAAGUUUGAAGAACUGAAAAUAGUACAAGUACCCCGGGAAGAAAAUCGAAGGGCUGACUUGCUAGCAAGGAUGGCCAGCGCCGUCGAACAAUCAUGGAAUGACGAAAUCACACUCUUGUUUGAACCAAAGAAGAGCCCAGGGAUUCAAGUCUGCGCCGUCGAAGUAGGGGAUGAUUGGCGAGCCCCAAUUAUUCAUUUCUUACGUACAGGAGAAAGAAUGGAGGGAGACACAGCAAGAUACGCUAGAUAUGAGAAUUUUUGUUUGAUUAGCAACCAGCUUUAUAAGAGAUCUUUCACGAACCCGUUCCUUAAAUGUUUAUCAUCGGAGGAGGCAGAAUUCGCUCUAAAGGAAAUCCAUCAGGGAUGCUGUGGAAUGAAGAACUGCGCAGGCUUGAGCUGGACCUCAUAG